AUGGGUACCUCCACGAUCCAUCCGUCGCAAAGGCGGCUGUCCUGCGAUGUCUGCAAGCGGCACAAGACGAGAUGCCUGCGUAUCAAGCAAAACGACCCAAAAUGUGCGCGCUGCACUAUGCUCGACGAAGAAUGCAGUAUUGGCGGGCCGAAGAAGGUCGGAAGGCCGAGGAAGUCGGAUUCAGCGACUGGUCAGCGCAAAGACAUUGGGCAACCCCAAGCCAAGUUAGUUCGCUCGCAGAAGAAACAGACGACUGCAAAGAACCAGCAGAGAGAACCAAUACCUUUGAGCGCGUCUCCAGACCCAGACAUCUUCCUGGCGAGCAUGAUGUUCUCACCAGUACCUAUACCAUCAACCACAACGUCUAUAGCGACGCCACCAUUUGUUGAAACCACUACAAACGUUGUCUUUACCCCCGAGUCAUCGUGGCCCACUCCUGGGACAGCUGAACCGCAGACUUCGUCACUCCCUCAGCGACUGCCGCCGAAGAUCUCAAGUUGCUUCAAGCAUAGCUCCGCCUUUGCCGACUACGACUGGAACAUAGACGAGAACGACGUGUCAACAACGAAGCCAAGUCAGCUCGGCCUUACAGUCAUAUGCUCCGACCCAGCACGCCUGGUGAUCCCAGAGCUCGGAUCCCCUACGGGCAGUAUCGAGCUGUCCGACGCCUUAUCGCAGCUGUCCAAGCUCAACAACGACUUACACAUCCGAAUGGCUGCCAUAGAAACCCAUCGGUCCGUCAUGACUCUAAGCAGCAUCCUCUUUCGCGAAGGCCCGCUCUUCAUCGAGAACCUCACGCUCGGAGAGUUCACGUUGGGGUCAACACAGGAUCUCUUUGAAGUGCUAUCACGGCUUCUCAAUAACCGAAGUUGUCAUGCGCCACUUGAAACUGCGCACAUGCUCGAUAUCGUGAACCUGCCAGGGCUGGACGGUCAGUCUUCCUCGCCACAUUCCUACGGAGAUGGACAUAAUGGAUCAAGCCCCAGCUUUGCCUCCACGAUCCCGUCCACCUCUCUGCAGCCGCUACUCGCACCCCUUGUCUUGACAAUCACAGGCGUCUUCACCCAGCUCAUAUCCCUCCAUGAGGUUCUCCUCAAGCACAUCACCCUCUGGCUCACUGCCGAACCCCUCAGGCCCAUCUCGGGACUCCAAUUUGGUGAGGCCUCACCACAGGAUCUCUGCGCGCAGGGCGUUCGUUAUUCUACCGCCUCCCUCAGCUUCCUGGAGAGAAUUGAACAGAUCCUGGGCAUCACCGGGCUGCCCGAGUGGGGAGAGCCAGGUUUACUGUCGAUGCAGCAGAUCGAUGUGCUCUGGAGCGUGCUAGACGCCGGCGAAGGCAUCGCUCCGGGCCAUGGCUUUAUGCGGCCGGCGUAUGUGAAGAGGUCGCUCUGGAAGGCAUUGUCAGUCAUGAGUCGAGUCGUGCCUCCCGAGUACCAUAACACAUGGAUCGAAUCACCAGAGCAUUGGAAGCCAGUGGAUCUCCGGGCUCGUCGCCGUGGGGUUUCUUUUAGCAAAGUGCAAAGCGUCGAUUUAGUGGCUUCUUAUGAGAGUCCUUUUGCACGUCCAACAAAGGCUAUUAGCUUCAGCAUUUAUCCUUGGAACGCAAUAACCCAGAAGCUUUGCGUUCAAUCCUUAAAGCCAAGGCUGGCUGUUGAGAACGUUUUCACACUUGGCUCAUCGUGGCUCAUCGAAUGUCAAUCGUCACACCCCAGAUGUACUAGCGCAUACCGUCCAGCACCAGAAUGGCUGCCUACUAGGCUGCUUGAUAUUGGUGAGGAAGGCUUGAACACCUGGAAACUACCGAUGGGGUCCGACCGCCGGGAUAUGCCUACGGUCUUUGAAUUUGGAACGGUUUCGCAUCCUCGGCCAAUUGCACAUCUACCAAUUCUUUUCCGGGAUGUUAUCAAAGUUUCUCGACGCUUCUCUGUCCGAUAUCUAUGGAUUGACGCUUUAUGUAUAAUGCCAGACUCGAAAGAUGAUUGGGAAAGGGAAGCGCCCACUAUGCAGUACGUGUACUCAAACUCUGUCUUCACCAUCGCUGCCACAGGAUCUGACAGCCCGGAUGACACGUUGCUACACGCCAGAGACCUAGACCUUGUUAAAGUUGGCAAGGCUCAGUGCUCGCUGUUCUCGGACGAGCCUCAACCGUGUAUCAUUUAUGACAGCGCGUACUGGGAGAGGCAGUUAUGGAUUCCCGACCGCGAAGCAACUAAAGAACUUGAUACUCUCAUGGAAGUACAGGACAAUACGCAAAUGACUGAUGAUCUGGCUCACCUCUGGUGUCGCCUUGUUCAGGAAUACUGCGAGUGUAGCCUCACAUUCCCAUCAGAUAAACUCCAUGCAAUGGCAGGUAUUGCGAAGCUUUUUGAGACUGUCACAGGGGAUGAAUACGUGGCUGGCUUAUGGAGAUCGCGGUUCAUUGAGCUAUUGCACUGGUCAGCAGCUGAGGUCAAGCCUCUUCAAUCUACAGAUUAUCGAGCUCCAUCAUGGUCUUGGGCAUCGAUAGAUAGUCGUAUCUGGUACUGGGCGCGAAGUUCCCGGGCGACAAACCUAGCCGACCUGGUGGACAUAUCUGUUCUGAAUCAGACAUCAGACAGGAUGUCUACAGUUCUAAGCGCCUGCGCUGUGGUAAGAGCCAGAGUGAUACCCGCUGCCUGCAAGUCAGUAGGGAUGGAAGGUGUCACGUUCCGAUGCCACAAUAACGAGUUCAAGGUUGAUUUCGACCCAGAUACGACUAGCAGUGAAUUGAUUGCUGGCAAUGAGUAUGCAUAUAUGCCUUUGAUAUUAGACUACAACAGUUCUGCUGCUGACAAGUCGUCAAUGGAGCGCAAUGGUUUCUGUCUGAUACUGGAGCGGGAUCAGCAAUCUAUCAGCGGUCUCGAUCGAUAUCGCCGAUUGGGGUCUUUCCACGUUAAAGAAGGAGAGUAUUGCGACAAUGUCGAAGACAUUUUGUAUUGUACUAAGUUUACCGAGAUUGAGAUGAUUUAG